GAAGCAUUUUCAUAAUUCUGAAAGAAAUUGAUAAAAGUUAGGAGUUUUUCUCGAAUUUUUUCAUUAUUUCUUCAAGAUAUCAAAUGAAGCCACAAAUGUUGAUUAACAUAAUUUAGUCUUAGUCAAGUUUUUCAUCUUCCCAAUUGGAAACGUAUACGAUAUCUCAUGAGAACCAUAUCUGUACAUCUUGAAAAAGAUUAGCACGCUGUUUCAUUGGAAUUUAGAGUUUCAUAUUAUUCUCAAGUUAUCUCUUAUCAAGGAAGGUACCCAAAAAUGGAUUGUGAUCCACUUCUGUCGAUUAAAAGGAAAGAAAUUGAAAAUUUAUGCAAUCUCUUCAAACAAAAUGCUUAUUCUGUCUGCUAUGAAACGCCAGAAGCUACAGAAGCUUUGGCAAGAUGCAAAGCGUUGCUUGAACUGGACUAUAAGGUAGUUGAAAUCAACAAUAGCGAUGGAGCACUCUGUUCUCAUUAUCCUAGCAAAAUACUGAUAUGUCAAAGUGAACUGCCUGAUGAAUCUGGUAAUGAGGUGAGAAAUGAAGCACUGAGUUUAGAAAGCACAGCUGAUGUAAAUCAACUUCGUAAUCAAAUUUUGAAAGCAAGAAAAGGAAGGUGUCGUGCACGUUUCCCAGUUCCAGUAAUUUUUUACAAGGGCAAAAAUAUUUGCCGUUCCGGAACCACUGCCCAUUUUGUGGAAAUAUUAGGUCGUGCUACUGUUGAAACUUUCAACAGUUAUCUGGUUGGUACAUCAGAAGAUGAGCUAGAGGGUAGAGGUGAUGAACAUGAGUUCAAUGAUGAUCAGAACUUGAAUCUUGAAAGUAGCGUGAGGAAAAAUGAUAUACAGCUACUCAAGACAUAUAAUGUUGAGAGUAUUUUUGAUCUAAUGGUAGAGCAGAAGAAAAUUAAAUAUGGUGUUUAUGUCACUUCAUCUGAGACUGCAGAUGAAGAAAAUCGUUAUAGUGAGUUUAAAAUAUACCACAUACCCUAUCCUGGAUGUGAGUUUUUCACCAAUAUCAAUAAUAGUGAUAGGAAAGGAAUUAAGCAAUAUUUCGACUGGACGCAGAGGAUGGUUGAUAAAAUAUUCGAUAUACCUGACCUAGAGAGAUUUUCUAAUAUGAGAAUUGACUGGGAUGAAUACAGGACAUGGGAUAUUGUACAAUUAACUAGAAAUUAUCUGAUGUUAAUACUUAAGCAAGUGCAUGAAAGCAAGUCUGGAAUUCUUGUUCAUUGUAUUAGUGGUUGGGACAGAACUCCACUAUUUAUUUCUCUUAUAAGACUCAGUUUAUGGGCUGAUGGUUUGAUCCAUAAGUCUCUCAAUGUUUGGCAAAUAAUAUACUUUACCGUUGCGUAUGACUGGAUGUUCUUUGGUCAUAACUUAAAAAACCGUCUGGAAAAAACAGAGGAAAUAUUCUUCUUCUGCUUCUACGUACUCAAACACUUAACUAAUUUCGAAAUGAAUAAUAGCGGGCUUGUCAUACAUUCUGACGAUACAUAUCAGGAUAAUGGAAACCCAGAUACAACGUUAAGGAAGCCCAAUAUUUCAUCGCCAACUGAUGUACUCCCUGACUAUAGAGAUUAUCAGACUGGUAUAAAUGAAGAAGAUGUGUUGUCUGACACUGAACUUGAUCGUGAUUUUUAUGGAUUAGAAACACCGAGUUCUCCAAGCAGUAAUGAAUCAAAUGGAAAUAACAUAUGCGAUCCCGGCUCAGACUUGAAUGGGGGGGCAGCAACGGCAAGAUCCAUUCCGAAGCCAUCUUCCCCUGUGCCAAUCAAAAGAAAUAGUAGUGCAAGUGAUACUGAUACAUCUGGUAGUUGGGCAUACGUUACUACCACUGGCAGUGUUAGAAGCAGGGAGGAAAUGUCUCAUAGGAAUACAAGGAGACACCGUAGAUUGCAUGGAGUGCGAAACGAAUUUUACAGAAUGUACUACCACUGUAUACCGGUCUCCUACAAACAGGGAACAUCUGUUAUAGGGCAGGUCCUUGGUAAUUUGUCUGAGAGAGUUGGUUUCUCAUAAGCGUUCCUUUUUUGAGGCUAAUCUUGAAAUUGUUCUUAAACACAUACCAUUAUUACCUUGUUUAUGAUGAACCAUUUUUUAAAUGUAUUAUUAUUCCGUGUUUGUUUAGUUUUAAAGUUAAUUGUUUUAUUAUUAUUCAGUCAUGAAGUAUAUUAAUGUUUGUUUCAGUAUUCCAUCAAAGAUAAAUUCUGCUAGGACAAACAUAUUAUUCAAAAUAGAAUUCGUACUACUGAAAUAUUAAGUUUCAAAUCUAUAAUCUAUGUUGCAAAUACGCCAAUUUAUUGGCAGAUUGAAAGGAAAGUUUGUUUUUGCGUGAAUUUCAGAAUAACUGUAAGCAAUUUAAGGUGGACAAUAACUGCAUUUACUUUUUUGAUACAUUUGUAUGUUUCCUCUUAAUGUAUGUGGCCAGUACAAAUAGUUUUACAACUACAGUAAACACUUAAAUUGCUGUUGGCAGGUCGUUCGCAUUCGUCCUAAAUCAAUGCAAUUUCAUGCUCACUAUAAAAACAACCUGCAAUUUUUUCAGAAAUUGGUCAUUCAUAAUAUAUCUUCAUCAUUACAUAAUUAUUUGUGUUCAGUUAUCUAGUGAUGUUUGUAAUCUUCCUUUUUUCGAUGUAGAACGAGUCAGAAGUUUGUAGAUCAUAGUGUAACUCUUUGCAAAUGACUUAGUUAUUGUAACUCAGGGUACAUCAGGAAUCUUAAAAUGAUUAAUAUUCAUUUUGAUAUCUUGAAUAUCUGAAGUAUUUAACAUGUUAAGCUAAGAAAUGUAAGUGUUCAUCCAUUUUGUAUUUCCGUCUUUUGAUUGGAGAUUUUUCUUGAACUAAAACCUAUUUUCUAGUUCAUUAGUUUUCCAUCAAAUGUGAUACGUAACUGAUGACAAACUACUCGUUCAGAAAGAUUUCUUGUGUGUUAUUUUCGAAACUUUUAUAAUAAAAUAUAUUUUUUUAA